AUGACGGCUGGUUCCCCCAGGCAGCUGAGAGCCUGGGUGGCUCCCCUGCAGCUUCCUCGAGAGAUCCUCUGGGGGUUUCCCCUGCCGGUGACCCAAGCGCAGGCCCAGAGAGCGGAGCUCCUGGUCUGCCCGUGGCCCCUGCUCUCCUGCCAGGCGCAGGGUCUGACCGUGGCCUCCCGCCUGAUCGGUGGCGCAGCAGAUGGUGCCGAUUGGAGCCCAGCUGGCACGUGGGCGGCUCUGAGGGAGCAGAAACGGCUUGGCGGGGAGGGGCCUGCUCCAGAGUCCGGGGCGCCCCCCAGGACAGGGCUAAAGAGGUCACGGCCACAUCAGGAGCUGCUGACCUUGGCCCUGGAGGGCUGA